AUGGUUAUAGUUGGGUCAAUUUUGGUUGAAUUUGAACCCUUCACUGAAAUCGAAUCUUGUGUUGGAUUAGACUGGAAUUCAGGGAACCGAGGACCAGGAAGGAUUCCAUUGGAAUGGACCUCAAGGCUGCAGCUCGCGCUGGGUGCCGCCAAAGGCCUCGCAUACCUCCACGGAACAUCCAAUUCCAAGCUCUCCCACCAACACCUCACCUCUUCCAACGUCCUCGUCGACGGUGAAGGCAACGCAUGCAUCUCCGACUUCGGCCUGCUCGAGCUAGUCUCUCCAUCACCACCCUCCUCGUCCUUCAGCUCCGGUUCCCACGCUGCGGUGGCAGAAACCCGGCAAAGAAGCGAUGUGUACAGCUUCGGGAUCAUUCUGUUGGAGAUAUUGACGGGCAGGCCCGCGGUGGUGCACGGUGAAGAGGAUUUGGCCAAGUGGGUGCAGACCGUGGUGAGAGAGGAAUGGACGUCAGAGGUGUUCGACAUAGAGCUGACGAGGGGAAAAGGCGCUGAGGACGAGAUGUUUGCUCUCUUGCAGGUGGCGCUGCUCUGCGUAGCGCAAGAGCCGAAGGACCGGCCCAGGAUGGCCGUGGUGUAUAAGAUGAUCGAAGACAUCAGGGAGAGGGGAAAUCGGAGGAGCAGAGGAUCGCUUUCUCCUUCUCUGCAUGACCAUUCCUAUGAAUCCUCCUCCCCUUGUCUCUCCGAAGACACUCCCACCUUCACAAGCUGUUGA